ACCGGGUCACCAAUCGCAGACUUGGAUAGACGUCUGCCCAAACUUCGAAACUCCAUUUCUACUUCGAGACUCUCCGGAAGACGUCGCCAAACGCACCCAUAAACUUCGCAUUGAUCUUCCAUCGCUGUUAUUCCUGUAACCAAUGGCAAAUAAACACACUAUUAUUCUCAUGCAAACAUCUCACAAUAGAGCAACUCGCACUUUUAUGGAUUAUGAUUCCAUCAGUCAAGCAAUGGAUGGAAUUUGUGCUCUAUAUGAAAGAAAGCUGAAGGAGUUAAACCCAGCUAUAAGAAACAUCUCUUAUGAUAUCUCUGAUCUUUACAAUUUUAUUGAUGGACUUGCAGACAUGAGUGCACUAGUCUAUGAUCACUCAAUUCAGGCUUACUUGCCUUACGAUCGGCAGUGGAUAAAACAGAAGACAUUGCAACAUUUGAAAAAAUUGGCCUCAAACUGAUAUGGUAUAUGAAAUGAUAGUCUCCAUCCUCCCUAUGCUAUCGGCUACUAUGAAGAGAAAUUGGUAUAGUGAAUGCUGUUAACAGCUAUGCAGAUGUUUGAUCAAAAUACUCUUUAUCAUGCAUCAAUUACCGUAGUUUCUUUCUUAAAUCUUAAUGCACAUAUCCUACUAUUUGCAGCAUCCGAUGGAAGUUGACUGUUACUUUCCCUAUUAGUUUGUAUCUCAUCCAACCACUUGAUCUUAGGCUUGUGUUGGCGUGUAUAAUGAAUGCCCUACUUCAUUAUGCUCUGUAGUUAUUAAAGUAAUGAAUUGGUUUUUCAUCCUCCAGAGUUAUCUCACUCAUGUGAUUAUGAAUUGCUUUUAGUGCUUUGUUGCUGACCAAAUCAAUGGUUUCUAAGUUCAUGGUUUA